AUGAUAGAAAGUGACAUCUCAUCUAUGAUGUCAGGAAUUCUGCAAAACUCAGGGCAAAGUCAUCACCCCUCUCCACAGGAGUACAGGCUCCUGGCCGCCACCACCGGUGAGGACGACCUUCCCGGGGACCUGCAGUCGCUGUCAUGGCUCACAGCUGUGGACGUGCCGCGGCUGCAGCAGAUGGCGAGUGGCCGCGUGGACCUGGGUGGCCCCAGUGCACCCCACCCACAUCCAGGUGCCUUGGCCAGGGCAGCCAGCCUGCAUGUGAGAGCCACCCCAGGUCCACUGCUCCACGGCCCGGCUGGCAUGGUCCCCCCAGGCAUGCUAGGCCUGGGCCCCAUAGCCAAUCACGGAGCCAACAUGAACCAGAUCCCUGGGGGGGGCCAGCCCUCUUCCAGCCUGCAGAACCAGCCACAGCUGUACUCGCCCGCCUCCCAAACGCAGUUAUCGCUGCCCCCAGGCACCCAGCAGCGCCCCCCUAUGGGCCUGUAUGGCUCCCCGUUUGGAGCACGGCCUCCCUACCCCCAGCCCCGCAUGGCUGUGCAUUCGUCUCGGGAAUUGCACCCCAAGCACUACCCCAAGCCCAUCUACUCAUACAGCUGUCUGAUUGCCAUGGCCUUGAAGAACAGUAAGACAGGCAGCCUGCCUGUGAGCGAGAUCUACACCUUCAUGAAGGAGCACUUUCCCUACUUCAAGACAGCUCCCGACGGCUGGAAGAACUCGGUGCGGCACAACCUGUCCCUGAACAAGUGCUUUGAGAAGGUGGAGAACAAGAUGAGUGGCUCCUCGAGGAAGGGCUGCCUGUGGGCCCUGAACCUGGCCCGCAUCGACAAGAUGGAGGAGGAGAUGUACAAGUGGAAAAGGAAGGACCUUGCCGCCAUCCACCGGAGCAUGGCCAACCCCGAGGAGCUGGACAAGCUGAUCUCGGACCGACCGGAGAGCUGCAGACGCCCUGGCAAACUGGGAGACCCCGAGGGCCCCGUGCUGACUCAUGCCACCACGGUGGCCAUGGCCCAUGGAUGCCUGGCUGUCUCCCAGCUUCCGCCCCAGCCACUGAUGACCCUGUCCCUGCAGUCCGGCCCCCUGCACCACCAGGUCCAGCCCCAGGCACAUCUCGCCCCAGACUCUCCCGCCCCGGCCCAGACCCCACCGCUGCACGCCCUGCCGGAACUGAGCCCCAGCCCCCUCCCCCACCCCGCCAUGGGAAGGGCGCCCGUGGACUUCAUCAACAUCAGCACCGACAUGAACCCUGAGGUGGAUGCCCUGGACCCCAGCAUCAUGGACUUCGCUCUGCAGGGGAACCUCUGGGAGGAGAUGAAGGAUGGGGGCUUCAGCCUGGACACGCUGGGGGCCUUCGGAGACUCCCCCCUCGGCUGUGAGCUGGGGGUCUCGGGCCUGACCCCCGUCUCCGGCGGCAGCGACCAGUCCUUCCCAGACCUGCAGGUGACGGGCCUGUAUGCUGCGUACUCGACCCCAGACAGCGUGGCCGCGUCGGCCACAACCUCGUCCUCCCAGUACCUGGGCAGCCCAGGGAACAAGCCCAUCGCCCUGCUUUGA